AAGCUUCAUUUCCUUCACCACGCUCUCCUCUGUCUCUCAUCUUUGAUUUUGCACAAGUUUGAACGAAUCAAAAGACAGUAAUUGAUUAUUGAUUGAUUUUAGAGAAAGAGAAAGAGACAGAGAGGGUCUACCAUUGAAGCUUUUUUAUCUUUUAUAUUCGAUUUAAUAGAGAGAGAAAGGGCCAAGAGUUUUGGAAUAAACCUCCAGGCUUCGAGGAGAGAGAGAGAGAGAGAGAGGAAAUAGAAAUAGUAGAGAAGUGAGGGAUGAGCACAGUGGGGAGACAAAGCCAGAGAUCUGGUGCAUCGACUGUGCAUCAUCAGCGUCACUACUCUGACAACUUCUUGGAUUCCUCAUCCAAUGGUCGCUGGCUUCAAUCUACUGGUCUUCAACACCUCCAAUCCUCAAACCCAUCUGUUCCUCCUCUACAGGACUACAGUUUCUAUCAGGGCGGUCAGGGAUCGAGAAUGUAUAGAAAUGGUCAGAGGAGUUUCAAUGGAGGAAGUGAGUUUUUCACAGAGCCGUUGAUGCCUCCGAUUAAUUCGCGGCCUUCGGGACAGAGAAAGAACAGUGAGGACCCAGAGUCGCCAAGUGGGUUCAGUCCUGGACUUCUAGAUCUACACUCCUUUGACACUGAGCUUCUUCCUGAGGUGGCAGUUCCUGGCCUAUAUGAUGCUCCUUUGCCAUAUCGUUCUGUCCGGGGCAGAAGCUUUGAUGACACUGAGCCAUACCUUGCAAAUAAUAAGCAAACUGGUAGAGUUCGUGCUGUGCCUGAUAACAACCUUUUGAAAAGUUUUGCUGCAGAGAAAGACAAGGCCAGUAAUGUUGCAAAGAUUAAAGUUGUGGUGCGAAAGAGGCCACUUAAUAAAAAGGAGCUGGCAAAGAAUGAGGAAGACAUCAUAACUAUAGAGCCUCAUUCUAAUUCUCUAACAGUUCACGAUACUAAACUUAAGGUUGACCUAACAGAAUAUGUGGAAAAGCAUGAAUUUUUUUUUGAUGCGGUGCUGAAUGAGGAAGUUUCAAAUGAUGAGGUGUAUCACGAAACUGUGGAGCCCAUAGUUCCAAUAAUUUUUCAGCGCACCAAAGCAACUUGCUUUGCAUAUGGGCAAACAGGAAGUGGAAAAACCUACACUAUGAAACCAUUGCCCAUCAAGGCAUCCCGGGAUAUCUUGAGGCUCAUGCACCAUACUUACCGGAACCAAGGCUUUCAAUUGUUUGUCAGCUUCUUUGAGAUAUAUGGAGGAAAGCUUUAUGAUCUCCUCAGUGAUCGGAAGAAACUUUGCAUGAGAGAGGAUGGUAAACAGCAAGUUUGCAUUGUGGGUUUGCAAGAGUACAGAGUAUCAGAUGUGGAGACAAUCAAGGACCUCAUUGAGAAAGGAAAUGCUACAAGAAGCACAGGCACAACUGGUGCAAAUGAGGAAUCCUCACGAUCACAUGCUAUACUUCAGCUUGUUAUUAAAAGGCUAGCUGAUGGCUAUGAAUCUAAGCCUCCCAGAGUUGUUGGCAAGCUCUCCUUCAUAGAUCUUGCUGGAAGUGAACGUGGUGCGGACACAACUGACAAUGACAAGCUGACAAGAAUGGAAGGUGCGGAGAUCAAUAAAAGCUUGCUUGCAUUGAAAGAGUGCAUAAGAGCGCUUGAUAAUGAUCAGGGUCAUAUUCCUUUCAGAGGCAGUAAAUUAACUGAAGUCCUGAGGGAUUCAUUCGUUGGAAACUCUCGGACUGUUAUGAUCUCUUGCAUUUCUCCGAACUCUGGAUCUUGUGAACAUACUCUUAACACCUUAAGAUAUGCUGACAGGGUGAAGAGCCUUUCAAAAGGGAACAAUUCCAAGAAGGAUACUUUGUCAUUGACACUAAACCUGAAGGAAUCAACAACGAUGCCUGUAUCAUCAAUCUUACCACCUGGGCCAACCUUUGAAGAUGAUAUUGAUGAUUCAUGGUUUGAACUAGCUGAUAGGGAUGAAUUUGAUGUUUCAGAAGAAUUCCAAGAGCCAGAGAAGCCAUUAUGGAAGAAGAAUGGGAAAGUGGAAUCAUAUGGUAUCUCGAAUUCAGAAGAUAAAGUGAGGAGAUCCAUUGGGCAGACAAAAUGGAAGGACCCACCAAAAUUCGAUGCAAAAAACUUGCAUCCUGAUAAUGAUUUGAAUGCCCUAUUAAAGGAAGAGGAAGAUCUUGUCAAUGCUCAUAGGAGACAAGUGGAGGAGACAAUGGAUAUAGUUAGAGAGGAGAUGAAUCUGUUGGUUGAGGCAGAUCAUCCAGGAAAUCAGUUGGAUGAUUAUGUCUCUAGAUUGAAUGCAAUCUUGUCCCAGAAAGCUGCUGGCAUUGUACAAUUACAAAACCGUUUGUCUCAUUUUCAGAGACGUUUAAAGGAGCACAACGUCCUAGUUUCUUCUUCUGGCAACUGAAUUUUAUAUAGAAGUGCAUAUAGACGUCGGAUGUGAAGGGAUUUACUUUCUAAGAACAUUGUUGCUUGCAAGAUCAACCCGUUUAUUGUUUUGCUUUAUACAACUACUUUGUGGUUUUUCUGGUAGCUUAUUUUCUGCUGCCAAGGCAAGAUUUGGAGUGGCAGGGGUUAUAAUUUUCCUUGUUGGAGAUCCCAUUUAUGAUUUCCGGUUAUUAUUAUUGAUUUUAUUUUUAUUUUUUAUUUUUAAACUCAAUUACAGAAGACUAUUAUUCACAUGCUAUUUGGCAUGAUUUGCUUUGUAAAGCGUUAUAGUUUCUUCAUGAUAAAGUGGAUAUUCUUGGACUGCA